AUAUAUCUAAAUACGUGUUCUCCGUCCGUUAAACUGGUCUCACCCCGGCUGACUUCCGGUCCUGCAAAGCCCGGUGAAUGCGGCUGGAAGUGUCACAGGACAGGGAGAACGAUGCCCGUGGAAGCGGAAUACAACAGCUCAUCACUUCAAGUUGAGAGAGCUGUGGUCUAAUUUGAUCGGUCUCCAGUCUUGACCAUGAUGGCGACUCCUGCAUCUCGAUCGAAGGCCCUUGCCCUUUAUCGGAAGCUGCUACGAACGGCAAGAGCGUGGCCUGGCCCUGCGGCUGAGAAGCAGUACAUUCUGACGGAGAGUCGCAAUCAAUUCGAGGCAAAUCGGCACUUGGCGCAACCUGAGGAAAUUGACAGGAAGAUAUUUGAAGGAGAGUCGAGGCACGACAUUGCUUGGCACUACAAAAUCCCAUAUCCACGGCUUCACAACUUCUCCGCUGGAACGUUCACCGAGAAACCUUCAAGGAUAGCUGGCCCAAGCUUUGAGAUUCCUUCUGAUGAGAUGGGUACUGUGGACGACAAACCGAGCAAACCAUCUGGACUGAAAGGAAGGUUGCCAAGUUCCAGUCUGACCAUGAGGAGUUGAACAACGAGUAUAGCAAUUGAUACAUUAAGCUGCAACCAGUGCAUUUUGGCCGAACGAAGGGUUCCCCAUUGGUUGGGGAUGUUUGUUCUUAGGGAUAAUCACGUUGUGUGCUUAUUGAACAGGCUUAGUCAGCCAUUGGACUGUCAUGUCAUGUACAUAUACUCACUGGUCUAAAAGAUAGAGCGGUAAGUUCAAACACAUGGUUGAGCUAAAGCAAAUUUUGGUCCCCAUAUUGUUGCGAGAUAUCACCUGGGAGUGCUUCUCAUUGCUCUUAGUGGGGCUUAUAGCCGGGCCUUGGCAAGCUGCUCAGGUGUAACGAGGUGUCUAUGGUUAGAGGAUGCGUUGAAUUGGAGAACUGAUGUAAUCCUGAAGAAGUUUGAUAAGACUGGAUAUCUCGGUGGUCUGUUGGAGCUAUUUUCGGGAUUGUAAAGCUAUAUAGUGGGGCGAGAUUGAUGAUGCACAGAAAGACCCUCAGUGCAAACUUGUCAUUUCAUCUUGUCGGUAAAAUCUGAAGGUCGCUCUCUUCCU